AUCAUCAACCAAAUCAAUUGAUAAUCAUGAAUUUCCUUCCCUCAACUGUCCUUUUACUCUCAUUCGUCGUGGCUAUCAUUUCUGGAAGUUUCAGUUCUAUUAGCGAGGAAUGGAAGGCAGUCUGCGAAUGCAAUUUGUCAAAGCUCAAUAAUCAUGCGAAAACCGGAAAUUGCAAGACAACCGCCUUGUGGAAAGUCACAAGUGAUACAAACUGCACUGCGUCAGAAUACUUGAAGAUUACUGUAUUCCCAGCUAAUGAUGAUCCUCUCAAUAGAGUUGAACAAUGUACAAUGACACCAUGUGACCAAACCGAGAAGACUCCUGCUGACUGCAAUGUAGCGUUUUCCGCUGCAAAACUUGCUGAAAUUGCGAAAGAAGAAAAAUCAAAAAUGAUCAUUUGAAACAAAUAAAUCGUUUUGAUAAUUUCAU